AUGCCUUAUCUACUAGGUGGGGCCUCUCUUAAUAUUAUCGACUCUUCCUGUCCACCUGUUUUUCAGACACCUAUCAAGCGUAUAAAUCAAACAGAGGAUGUCCAAAGAUUUCUCGCCAGUGAAGCUUACCGAGACAUUGGCCUAUUUAUUCUUCAACUCAACCGCGCCAUUUGCCCGCGACAACUAGCUGGUUCCUCUCUCUCUGUAUUUCCCCUUGGAUCGAAGGCAACAUCAACGGGCUCCAUUCAGUCGUUACAGACACUUCUAUCCUGCAUCCGCACUCUCAUUGGUAAAGCGCCUCCAGAUCCUGGGUCCCACAGAUUUGGAAAUGUGAGCUUUCGCACAUGGUUUCGACUCCUCACUGCUGAGUUGGAUAACUUGCUGGACAACGGGCUGCUUGCAGGAACUCUCCGGGUAGGCAACGGGCAUGCUAAAGACGAGGUAGCAAGCUAUUUGCUCGGAUCCUUCGGCAGCCCGCAGCGCCUCGAUUACGGUACAGGGCAUGAGCUCAAUUUUAUUGCUUUCCUUGGGUGUCUAUGGAAGUUGGGGCAUUUCAAGGAUGGUAUACAAGGCGGGCACAUUGAAAGGGAAAUCGUGCUCCUGGUUAUUGAACCGUAUAUCGAUAUCGUGAGGCAACUCAUUACGACAUAUACCCUUGAGCCAGCUGGCUCCCAUGGCGUAUGGGGCUUAGAUGACCAUUCGUUCAUUCCGUAUAUAUUCGGGUCUGGACAACUUACUCGUCCAAUCAUUAGCGAAGAUGACCCUAUGCCCACUGAUGGCUCUGUCAGAGGCGCACCGAAACCAAGCGAUAUCACCAACCCCAGCGUUGUCGAGGAUAUGAGACAGCGUAACAUGUAUUUUUCGGCCGUUGCAUUUAUCAACGAUGUUAAAAAAGGCCCAUUUUGGGAGCAUAGCCCGAUGCUCUUCGAUAUUUCUGGCAUAAAAGACGGAUGGGGCAAAAUUAACAAAGGGAUGAUCAAAAUGUUUAACGCAGAAGUUCUAUCAAAGUUUCCUGUCAUCCAGCAUUUUCCUUUCGGUACGCUAUUCGCUUGGGAUGAGAAUAGACCAACAUUAGAUUCAAGGCAACAUAGGGCGUCUACCAAAUCGCAAAAUCACGUCGCUUAA